CCAAGAUGUCUGCGCCCAUUGGAACAAGCAUCUUCGUGAACUGACUUUGUACGACAUUAACAUUUGUUGAUGGACGCCAAGUUGUCGCUGUAAUUUUGUGAAGUCAUAAGAAGAUGCCCUCAUCUCUCAACUUGAAAAAAUAAUUACUGAAAAGCUGGAGGCAAACAAGGACAAUGAGCAGAUUAUGUUACCUGCUACGAUUGUUUCAACAAAGAGGAUUUCAUAAAUGUCUGAAUGCAUUUCAGUAUAAAGACAAUAAAUAUUACAGAACUUUAUCAAAGAGAAAGCAUGUUUUAAGUCAUCAAGUUGUAAAACAGGCACCAUUUGAUUUAAAUGGUCGGCUCAGUGUAGGUAACAGGACACUCGCAUCACAAAGUCAUGGAAAACCAUGCAGUUCCUUUUCUUAUGUGUGUGGAAUUUGUAACAGACAAACUGAUCCUCAAAACAUUCUAAAGAGUUUGUUACAUUGUCCGACGUUAGAAAAGACGAUUGGGGUCAUCAGUGUUCGUGGCUACUCUUCACCGGCUUCUGGUGUAUCCUUUGAGCUUUUACAAAAAUAUCUGGAUACGCUUAAUGAUGAAUAUGUUGAACUACAAAACAAAUCCCAUAUUGGGAAAAGUGAGGGAAGACGGAAGAAGAGUUUGCAGUCUAUGAUGGAACUCCGUGAAGACUUCCUUCAGAAACUGAAAGAUUAUACUACUUUGACAACAUUGAUUUCAGGACUGGGACCCGAAGAUGAGGAGAUUCGCUACAUGGCUGAGCAGGAGAAGAGGGAUUACAGAAUACAGAUAGAGGAAUCAAAACAACAGAUACUGUCCAGCAUCAUACCCGAGGAAAGUACAGACAAAAACGACAUCGUACUGGAGGUGUCCCAGGGGGUGGGGGGACAGGAGGCGAUGCUGUUUGCUGCGGAACUCUUUGACAUGUACAGAGGGCUGGCAAAGUUCAAAGGCUGGGAGUUUGUGGAGAAUGUUUACGAUGAUGACACUAUAACUGGUGGUAUAAGGAAUGCUUCAGCCUCCAUUAAGGGAGAAAGUGUGUACAAGUUCUUCAAGUUUGAGUCUGGUGUUCAUCGUGUCCAGAGGGUACCUGCUACAGAAAGCAAAGGAAGGGUCCACACCAGCACCGUUACAGUGGCUGUCCUACCACAGCCUACAGAGGUACCAAGAAUCGUUGUGUACUGCCAAAAGGAAAGAUCACAGAUACAAAACAAAGUGAUUGCCAUGAAUCAACUUCGUACAAAAGUGUAUGCACAUCAUCUGAAGGCCCAGGUACUGGAGUACAAGGCUCAAAGGAAGUUACAGGUCGGGUCAGCUGAUAGGUCAGAAAAGAUCCGCACUUAUAACUUCAACCAAGACCGCAUCACGGACCACAGAUUACAGGAGAAUCUCUUUAACAUUGAUACGUUCUUCAAAGGUGGUGAAGAUUUGGACUUCCUCAAUGGAAAGCUACAAGAGGCAGCACGGGAGGACAUUGUUGAGGAGAUUCUGGAACAGUUUGAGAAGAAAGACUUGAAAAAAGUCAGUAAAAUAAAGUAACAUACUGUAAAUUAUUGCUGUUUAGAUUGAGACGAAUUCAUAAUUAUCAAUGCUGCUUGUGAGAUAGGAAACUAUUAUUAUGUUGUAAACAGAAUUUAAGAUUUUUUUUAUUAAAUGUGUAUCUGAAAAUAAAAGUA